CACCAAAAACAACCUUCAUAGCCAGGAAUUCUGACUUGAGGGAGAUUCAAUUCAAACUACACGCAAACGCAAAUACAAAUUCUUUUACCACUACAAGACGGCCUUCACUCUCAAGUCGGAAUCUUGGCCGUCCAAAAUCCAGAAAAACCAUAACUCCAAGUUUUCUUUUUUUCGUUUUCCUAAGCCUUUAUUUAUAUUCAAUCAAUCUUUUUUGGUUUUUCCUCACGAACAAGAAUCAUCAAUUAUCUUUUAUCAAAAAAAAAAAAAAAAAAAAGGGAAUCGUCAAUUAUCAGGGAAAAAAAAAAUCAAGAAACAAGUUACAGUUUCGCUGUUUUGCGUUCUCGUCCGCCAUCUGAGGAGAUCAACGGAUGGCUUCGGUGGGAAUUCGUUGCGGUGGUGGGAAUUAUAACCUCCUCGGCGAUUGCCGGUUCGGCAAUGCUCGGAUUCCUCACAAUCGCAAUGCUCCACCAUGUUUGAUGAUUGGCAACCAAACCGAUUCUUCCAGGGGAAAAGGAAUGUCGAAGAUCUCGGCGGUCGCGACGCCGGCGAUGAGUUUGGAAUCGGUUGAAGGACGGAGAGCUCGGCAGAGCAAUAAAGAACAACCGCCGGUUGCUUACGAGAAGGUGGAUAGGUGGAUGAGGGAGUCGGUGGAGGAGAUUGUGAAGAAUCUGAGGAAAGCGCCAUUGUUAGUUCAUUUGUACGGUAGGAACGACGAGAUUGGUGGUGUGGAGACGAAGAAGGCGGUGGAUAAUGAAGAUUGGGCCGUAGCGAAGGACAAAUGGAAUUCCGGUGAAGCUCCAUUGCCAGAAAGCGUAAUAUUCGUGGAAGAAUUAUCGGAAAAGCAAGAAGAAGAAGAAGAAGACAAUGGUCAAGACGACGUUGUUGAUGGGAUUACGAAGGCAUGGGGAAUUGUGGUUCAGGGGAGAGGAUUAGAAUGUGGGCCGGCCUGUUACUUGUUGAAGACAACCAGCGUUGGGGUCCGAUCAGCAGGGUCCAGACCAGGACUGGGUUGUGUUGGUUGUACCCAUUUUUGUUUGGUUAAGGUUAACAGUUUCUGGGAAACGGCUGAAUCGCAGCUUAGUAAUUGUUGGGCUCGGACCUAUGCCCAGGAGCAAUCGGCGGGCCCAACUUGGACCGGUUUGUUGUUUGUUGAAGACCAAUAGCGGUUCGUGUUGGUUUUGGAAAGGCCCAGAUCCGGGAAGCACUAAUUUUUCAUUUCUAUAGUUUUAGUUUUAUAGAUUUAUUAAUGACAGAGAAACCAAAAAAAAAAAAAAAAAAAAAUCCCAAAAGAUUUUAUGGCUAAAUGGUAGUGUAUAGUGCUGAUUCAACACACAGACACUGAAAGUUGUGGAUAUUGAGAUUCUUUUUCUAGUGAUGUCAAGUUGUGGAUAGUGUUGGGUCGUUUCAUAAUAAGCGGAUAAUUAUUAUUCCCUUUUUUUUUUUUUUUAUAUGUUACUUUUUAAAAUGUGGAAAUUGAAUGCUUCUUCUACA